AUGGCGCCACCCGCCGUCCUUGACCCCAGCACGCCAAGCACCUCACCGAGCCACCACCGCAUUGACCACCCCGAGCUCCUGCUCCAGCCCCGCGGUGUCCGCUCCGUUGUCCUCGCCACGACUUCGCGUCACGCCGGGCCAUGCACUGUCGCGCCCUCGCCACAUCCGCGCCGCGGCCAACCACGUCCUCGCCUCGCCGUGCCUUCGUCCAAGCUCGCUGUGGUCACCUCGCCGACAGGCAUGGCAGCCACGCACUGCCACCUCCCAUGCGAACGCGCCUCGCCGUCCAGGGCUGCGACGUCGCCCACCGCGCCUCCACUCCUCGCCACCGAGGACCCACGCCUCCACCGUCGUGUCACCGCCGAGGCCACGACGUCGUCAUCCGCGCCGUCGGACUCCUUCACCGACGCGCCCUACCUCGCCCCUGCGACGUCAUCCACACCACCGUGCUCCACCUCCGUCCUCGUCGAGCAGCGACUGCGUUGCCCCCGUCUCGCCGGCGUGCCACCUCAGCCCCGCCUCCGUGGAGUCCAAGGCCACGCCUUUUCUGUUCGCCGAGCCGGGAAGGUCACCGCUGCGGCGCUGCUCACCAGGCCGAGCCGCACAUCUGUGGCACCAACGCCCAGGAGCACCUCCUCGUCGUCUGCCUGCGCCCGUCACCGCCGGGAGCCCACCUUUGCCUCUCAUCCGCCCCGAGCUCUUCGCCGAGCUGUACCGCGACUAGGACGCCACGCCCUCGCCCUCGCCAACACCACCUCUUCGUCCUCGCCAGACAGCAGCACCUCGUCGGGGCAGCUCCUCUCCAUCGCCGGGGAGCUGCAGCCCUGCUGUGUCAUCGUUGGAGCUCCGUCGCCACCCCUGACCACCUCCUGGCUUCCGCAGCAAGCCGCAGCCAAGCCGCAGCAAGCUGCAGCCAGCCAAUAG